CAACUAUGCAAUUCUCAAAUUGUUUAAAUUUAUCAAACAUUUUGUACAUUUUCCAAUUGUUCAUUCUUCUCAACAUGAUGAAUAACAGAUCAUCAAUUGUCAGCUGUGCAUGUUUACAAUUAACUGAAAAUGAUCGUCCAGUGUUAUUUUGUCAAUCCACCAUACCAUCUUUACCAAUCCCAAGACAUGAUAUCCCAAUACAAAUUGCUAAAUUAAUCAUCUCAGGCAUGAAUAUUACAGGUUGGCAUAAUGGAAUUUUAACAAGAGAUAAUUUGACCGGUUUAGAAACAUUGACUUAUCUUCAAAUAAGUAAUUUCCAUUUGAAAGAAAUUCAAUCGCAUACAUUUUCUGCUAUGAAACAUUUACGUAUAUUAGAUUUAUCCAACAAUCAUAUAAUCACUAUACAACCGGAAGCAUUUUUAGGGCCUAGUUUAAAACUUCUCUCAUUAACUGAUAAUAAAGGUAUCACGUUGGAUAGGACAUCAUUUCAUGGUGCACAUGUAUUCCACUUGGCAGCUCGUAAUUGUGAUUUAACUACAUUAGACUAUGAGACAAUUGCUGAAGCUAGACCGAAACAAUUAAGUCUAUCGGAUAAUAUGUUGACAUGGUUAGAUCCACAAUUUGCGGAACUUGUCAUUGAUUCAUCCAAAUCAAAUAAUCUGCAUUAUUUAUCCACCGGUUCACAUGAUGUUGGUUCAAAUCUUGGCUAUUUAGAUUUAAGUAAUAAUCCGCUGAAUUGUGAUUGUCAACUUGUAUGGCUUUCUAAAUUAAUUGAAAGUCAAUCUUAUGAUGCUUAUCAAUAUAUUAACACUGGUAAAGAUUUAAACACCAAUAGGAAUAAUAAUAACAAUGAUCACAAAAAAGAUGUGACUGAUUGGUCGAAUUCACCGACGGAAUCAUCUUCAAUUCGUCUGAUGCAACAUAUGAAUAUGACAUGUGCACAACCACCGGCUUUAGCUGGUAAAAAGUUACCACGUAGUUGGGAUUACUAUUGUCCUACACCAAGUAUCACUGGGAUUGAAAUUAAUUUGUUGAAAGCUAGUGCUGAUUUUGCCCAGCUGACAUGUAUUGGUAAAGGUAGACCAACGCCAAGUUUAGCAUGGACAUAUAAAAUACAUGGACAAAAAGUACAACAAAUUCUAGAUCCUUCCAUAAAACAAACUUUCAAUGAUCAAUACUUUUCACAGUCUGAAAGUCAAUCCUCCAUGUCAGGCAAUAAAAUGAUUGAACGAAAAUUGGCGUUGAAUGUUAGUUUGAAUUCAGUGAAUAUUGAAAAUUUCACAUGUACCAUAUGGAAUAAUGAUAGAAUACCGCCCAGAUUGUCAUCAUCUACACUAGCCGCCGCCGCCACAUCAUCAUUUCCUUCAGCUGAUGGUAAUACAUUUAAACCGACAUCGCUGAUUGUUCCAACAGCGGAGCAUCAUCAUAGUCAAUUUCAAUAUUAUCGACUUCAUGAAGUGACUGUACGUGUGUCUGGACCGUUGAGAUCAUCUGAACUACUGAUUAAUCCUAUCAUUAUUGAUGGGUCAUCAAGUUUGUCUCACCGUAAACAAUCCACUCCACUAGACAAUGACAAUAGUAGAAGUCCACUGUCGUCGUCUGCAUCACUGCCGACUACAGCUACACAGAUCAGUAAUCAACAGACAACUACUAAUCCAUUUCAUGAAGAUGAUAACAAUCAACAGACGUAUAGUUAUUUAUUUAUUAAAAGAUUUACAUUGUUAGAAUUAAUUGGUGCUAUUAUCGGAACAUUUAUUGCUACUUUGGCAUUAUUAUAUUUAGCAACAAAUUGUUUUACAUGGUUUUGUCAAAUUAAUAAUCAUUUAUCAACGAAAUAUAUACGGAAAUCUCAAUUUAGAUCACAUGGGAAAUGGUUUGCUUGGAUCAGUAAUAAUAGUACCAGUAAUAAUGAUCAUUUGUUACGGCACAACACAAAGCAUCAGUCUACUAUGAAUCAUUCAAAUCAAAAUGGGCAUAGUUUAGAUGUGAAGCUGUUACAACGCAGUGAUAUGGAAACUGCAUUUGCUGAUAUGGUGUUAGCAAGCAGUACAACAACGACAACACCAUCUGUACCGUCACAGUUUGGUUCAACGACGAUCUCAGCUCGUAGACCGAAUAUCCCUCAGGCGUUAUUACUUACAACUGUUCCAAAUCCACGUCUAGAAGCUAAUUCCACCCCACCGCCAAAUCCAGCUUACUGGCCAAUGCCUGAAUAUGCCUAUUCAGUGGCGGGCAGUCAUGAAUACGAUGUGCCUAGACCGUUGGAAACAUUAGUUACUGGUGGUGAGCGAUGUAUUUUAAAGCCUCCAGAUAAUAAUAAUAAUAAUAAUAAUAAUAAUAAUAAUAGUUUAAAUCCUAGUGCAGCACAAUCAUUUCUUAAUCUAGCUGCUCAAUCUUUAUUUCCUAUGAAUGGCGGCACUACUAGUACUACUACUACUACUCAACAUCAUCAUCAACAGCAGCAAAAUCGUAAUGAUCUAGGCAAUCAAUUGAACAAUGGAUUAUUUCAAACUUCAGCAAAUAUUCCACCUUUAACUAUGCAAUGGACACAAACUAUGAAUCCGAUUAUUACAUGGCAAGCAAAUCUACCAGUCGGUUGUUCAUCAAACAUAUCAUCGGUCGGGUUAACAACACCGAAUAACAAUUACACUAAUCAACAACCAUUACCGCCAACACAAUCAACAUUGUAUUGUGCUGAUUAUCCAACUUAUUUACAAACACGUCCAUAUCCACAUCAUAAAGAGCAACAACAACAACAACAACAGUUGAUUGAAUUGAUGACUAAUUCCACUAGAAAUUAUCAAUCAGAUCAUUUUGCGAAUAGUACACCUGUGGUAGAUAUGAUCAAUAAUCAUGAUUUGCCAAGAAAAUCUGGUACUUAUAUACAAGAAAUUAAUAAAGCCCAAUUGAAUGGAACAAUCAGUAGUUAGUGGAUUGAUUUAAAUCAAUCAAAACAUGUAUACACUCAAAGCAUUUUGUAUUUUGACAAGAAACUAUAAUGUAAUGUAUAAAUAAAUAUCAAGCGAUAAAAACUCAUUCACUAUCCUUCUUAGUUAGUUAAUCAAUAAUCAACUAGUUGGACAUUCAUGUAAAUUGAAUAUAAUCAAAAGUUUUGAAGAGAAUUGUGUUUGUUCAAUGAGGCGAUGACGAACAGACAGAUAAAGAUAUCUUCCUAUCUUCCUUCCGAUUAUUAUGCCCCCCUUAUUCAUCUAAUUCUGGCCCGUCUUGCAUUGUGUAAUAGAAAACAAUUGAAAUUUGUGUUUUGGCCUCAUGCUCAAGUAAUUUUUUUUUUUUAAAAACAAACAAACAAACUAUUCCAAAGUCUUUCCAAGUUAAAUGAAACAAUAUUCUUCAAAUUAAAAUUAAACUGUUUUAUGUAAUAAAAAAAAUAUUUCGC